CUGUGCAGUGUGCAUGUGCAUUACCUACGAAACACCUGGAGUAUUUGGCUGUCCGUCGGUUGAGACUCGAGUGUAUUGCUUGUCGACGUUCAUUGCAAUUUGCAAGCCAAGGUCAGGGUUUGGACAGGCUUAGCGGAGCGCCGCCAGUAUAGCAAGUUACCAGUAUGUAACUCCGCUUGUCAACAGGCACGCAGCGAGGCUGUUCAGCUUAUUGCAAGCGAACUGCAGGCGCCUAUUGUCUAUGUGACCUCCCGCUAUCAUCAACGUCCCCCCCACAAGCACCAUGUCGUCUGAGCAAGGAGCAUACGACCAGAACCUACUAGAUAAAGCCCCCGCAGCGACGAGGGCACAGAGGCAGGAAGGUUACAACGUCGAUUUACUCGAUGACCGUCCUACCCGCCCCACAUCUACCCAACUAUUCAAACCUCCACCAAUAAUUGCUGGUGAUACAGAUGUCGAAAGCAGUUCAUUGACGAGGGAAAAAGUUGUCCCUGCCACGCAUCCCACCCAAUCUUUCUGGCGAAGUCGCAAUGGCAAAAUUAUCAUGUUCGUUAUCGCCGUUGUCGUUGUCGGUGCUGUGGUUGGUGGUGCCGUCGGUGGGACUGCUGGGAAGCUCAGCUCAAAUAACAGCGCCGCCCCUCCUCAGAAUGCAACCUCAGAAAGUAACUCUACAACCUCUACAACCUCAGGAAGUAAAUCUGCAAUCUCUGCAACCUCAUCUGACACCACAGGUGGUCUAACCUCAAUCGGUGUCGGCGGCGGCGGUCAAUCGAUUGCCACCUCUACAGCCUCUGCGUUCCCAGGUCAGCAGUCAUUGGAGGUGGCGGAUGUCACAUAUAGAAAGCGCUCAUAGUUGGACGGAGGAUGCAGGGGGGCGAUGGGGUAUAUCAACUAACCAGUAAUUUCUCUUGCGGAUCACUUAUGCAUAUGCUACAUAUGUUUGCCACCUUACCAUAUGAACGGUCACUAUAUACUUAUACCAAACACGCCAUUCCUCCCGUCAUGCA